AUGUUAGGAAGGGUUUUGAUUGUACUCGGCUCGACAUGGUUGGUGGGACAAUUAGUGAAGAAAAGAUUGACAGGGUGUAAGAGAAUAAGAGGUGAAGAUAAGAUUAGUGCAUUGCCAGAAGAUUUGCUCGUUCGGAUUUUGUUACUCCUUCCGACAAAGGAUGCAGUGACUACCAUGAUUCUGUCGAAACGAUGGCUGUCUGUUUGGAAAAUGGUGCCACGACUCGAUUACAAAGAGAUCAAAGAGGAUGUUGGUACUCACAAAAGAUUUCUUGGCGGUUUAUUAGGCCGUUUACUUGGCAAAAGUGAGCGACAAAAGUCUGUAUGGCGGUUUCUUAACGAGUCAUUGCCACUCCACAAGGCACCCGUAUUAUAUGAAUUGCUUAUAGAACUCGGUCCACAUUGUCCUGUUGAUGCUGAAUUUGGAAAGUUGAUUGCAAAUGCUAUUGUUGAUCGUAGGGUUCUCGCGCUAUCGUUCCAUAUCAUGUGGUCCGCUGAGCCUACUGUCUUGCCCACAAGCCUUUAUAUGUGCAAUACUCUUGUGUGUCUACGUCUUCACGACAAGGUUCUUGUAGAUGUUUCUUCUCAGGCAUGUCUCCCAUCCCUCACACAUCUUGACCUUAUCUAUGUGACAUACAAAGAUGAAGAUUCUCUUAUUAGGCUUUUAUCGAGUUGUCCCAUUCUCAAACACUUGUAUGUGAUGCGAAUUGGACAAGACAAUGUGACAAAAUUUAGUGUAAAAGUGCCAUCUCUGGAGAGGUUAGACUAUUUGGAUGCGGUUCCAAGAGUACUCAGCGAAGAAGAUAUUGGAGGAUCUUUGGUCAUAGAUUCUGCGAGUCUAACGACAUUCUUGCUCGCAGAUGCCUCGACAAACUCUUGCUGGAUUGAGAACAAGCUUAGCCUGGAUAAAGCACUUAUCUACGUUUUUUCCUUCCCUGGUGAUGAGUUCUUAACUUCUCUUUCCUCGGUCACGUAUCUCGAGUUACUCUUGAGCUCUUUCACGGUUGCUUGUUGUGAGGCCAUUGACUUCUCUCAGCUUAUAGAUUGUAAAUUACAUUUUACUAGCUUAGAUUGGAUUGAACCGUUUGUGUUGUUGCUUCAAAAUUCUCCUAAACUGAAAGUUCUUCUCAUCGAAGAGAGAUUAAAUAAUAUUGAGGCUUUUCCACUUUCGUGGAACCAACCGAGUUCUGUUCCCGAAUGCUUGUCAAACAAUCUCGAGAUCUUUGAGUGGAACGAAUAUGGAGGAACAAAUGAAGAGAAAGAAGUAGCACGAUACAUAUUUGCCAACUCCAAGUGUUUAAAGAGAGCUGGAAUCUCCUUGAAGAAAUCAGUCUGCAAAGGUAAAGAGAGAGAAGAUGAUGGAAGAGUUAGAAUCCAUGCCUAG